AACCCGAAGAAAGCCUGGAGUCGCACACCGCAUCGAUCACUCAACGGCUCAUCAUCCUUCAGAUAUAAAAGCUUGUUUUGUUUCUUAGCGAGAAAGUGAAAAACAUGGAAGACUCUCUACGAAUCCAAAGAUUCCAACAACUUCCAUCGGCUACAGAAUUUGCCUCUCAGAUUGAAUCCCGAAAUGUUCCCGCUGUGUUCGUUGGGUGCGUUAAGGGUUGGGAAGCUGUCGCCAAGUGGAAUCCGUCUAGUGGCGGCCUCGAGUAUUUGGAGGAUCGAGUAGGAUCAUUCAUGGUGGAGGCUAUGGUUUCUAGAACUGCACCGGUGUUUUAUGGUGAUCUUAGAAGCCAUGAGAGGGUUCCAUUACCGUUUUCCACUUUUAUUGGCUUUUGUAAGCAGCAUAGGCAAAAUGUUGGAAAUUCUUGCAGCUUUAAUUCUAAUUCAGGAGGGCACCAACCAGGAGAAUCGGACACAGAGCAAGGCUAUUCACCAUUUGUAGAUGCUGCUCCACAACAAAUGUACUUAGCACAGGUUCCAAUCAUAAAUGCUGAGAAUGAAGAUAGGGUUCAACUGGAAACUUUAAGGGAAGACAUUCAAAUGCCUGCAAUUUUGGAGGAAAAAAAUCUAUCUUCUGUUAAUUUGUGGAUGAACAAUGCCCAAGCAAGAUCAAGUGCUCACUAUGAUCCUCACAACAAUCUUCUAUGUAUAGUCACUGGAAGGAAACAAGUUGUUUUAUGGCCCCCUUCUGCAAGCCCCAUGUUAUAUCCCAUGCCUAUAUACGGGGAGGCCUCAAACCAUAGUUCUGUGGCUUUGGAGAACCCUGAUUUUUCAGUUCAUCCAAGAGCAAAAUAUUCCAUGCAAUACUCUAAGAAGGUUAUUCUUCAUGCCGGUGAUGCACUUUUCAUUCCUGAAGGCUGGUUCCACCAAGUAGAUAGUGAUGACUUUACAAUUGCUGUUAAUUAUUGGUGGCGUUCCAGCAUAAUAUCUAGCUUGGCAGACCACAUGGAUGCAUAUUAUUUGCGCAGAAUACUUAGAAGAUUGACAGACAGAGAAAUGGACCAAGUACUUCUUCAGGGUUCUACGGCUAUGUGGAGACAGGAGAGGAAUAUAUCUGAGCUGCCAUGUAAGAAAGAUCAUGAAGACCAUAGCUUGGACCAGGCUAAUCUAAGAAAGAAUUUGAAAGGGAAAGAACAACAACAUAGCCUUCUUAUGCUUGAAUUGAAACCCUAUGCUCUUCAGGCUCUUCAUGAACUAGUUGCUUUAGUUCAUGACCAUGUAAAUGCUUCUGAUCAAAAUCAACCAGUCUUGUCUACUUCAAGAGAUGGUUUGACAUGUUAUGUGACAGAUGGGCAACAUAAGACUUUAACGACUGAAAUAUUUCAUAUAGAAGAUGAUCCAGUAGCUAAAAUUCUCUGGAUCCUUGAACCAGGAAUAGUUAUCCAUUCGUGUUCUAUCACUUUCCAGCACAACUUCCCCAAAACUUUGGAAGCUCUGAUACUGCACUUGCUUUCACCAGUUGGGGCAGAAGUCCUUACACGAAAAUUUGAUGAGAUAGAUCAGCAGAACACUGAAGAAGAUCGGAACAAAUUCUACCAGGUCUUCUAUGGUGUAUUUGAUAACCAAUUUGCAGCAAUGGAUGCAAUUCUAAAUGGGAAAGAGUCAUUUGCACGCCAGGCAUUCAAAAAUGUGUUGGAUAAAUACUUGGGAGGGAAUUUUGAUGUACCAAAAGUGUGUGUUGGACGAGACAUCCCGUGACACAAUCUUCUUCAAAAAAUUGGUCCCGUGGUGAUAUCGAGAUAGUAAAUUGAUGCAUAUUUCAUCUCAGAAGCUUUCUGUCACAAUCAGUACUUUUACAUGUGAGUCAUCAACAAUUUUGUAGAAUAUAAAUCAUUACAAACUUUGAAUAGUGCAGCAUCUCUCAGUUAUGCUUAGAUGUUGUAUGAUUUAACAAAGAUCUUCUAUUGCCUUAUCUGAGUGAUCCAUUAAGGCUGCAUAGCUAGCAUAAACAACAUUUUUAGGGAAAAAAUCUCUUGUACAUGAACUAGAUGAAAAUGGCAAGCAUGAUGGGGGAUCUGGUAAGUAACUUGAGAUU